CAUGACUAUGACAUCAUCACAGGCCUUUGGAAGAGGCAGACGGCUGCUCUACAGGUGGAGAGAAUUUUCCUGACUGACCCAUAUAGGAUGGAUAGGGACAAAGACAAGAUGGCUGAGAGGGUAUUAAAUCUCACCCUAGAGAUACUCUGCCAACUUACAGGAGAGGAUUACACAGUGGUGAAGAAGACCUCUAGUGAGCGCUGUCAGGCCCCUGUGUCUGAAGGAUGUCGAAGAACAUUGAGCCCAAUCACGGGGCCUCCGCCUCACUCCCUGAUACAUGAGGAGAUUAAUGAACAGAAGAUCCUAGAACUCAUCCACAAGAUGAUUGAGCUGCUGACUGGAGAGCUUCCUAUAAGGUGUCAGGAUGUCACUGUCUAUUUCUCCAUGGAGGAGUGGGAGUAUGUAGAAGGACACCAGGAUCUGUACAAGGAGACCAUGAUGCCCCUCACAACACCAGGUUCCUGCAAUAUAAAAUCAUCUAUUCACCUUACUGACCCAUCAAGAAUGGAUGGGGACAGAGACAAGAUGGCAGAGAAAAUAUUACAUCUCACCCUAGAGAUACUCUUCCAAUUUACUGGAGAGGAUUACACAGUGGUGAAGAAGACCUCUAGUGAGCGCUGUCAGGCUCCUGUGUAUGAAGGAUGUGGAAGAACCCUGAGCCCAAUCAUGGGGCCUCCACCUCACUCCCUGAUACAUGAGGGGAUCAAUGAACAGAAGAUCCUAGAACUCAUCCACAAGAUGAUUGAGCUGCUGACUGGAGAGGUUCCUAUAAGGUGUCAGGAUGUUGCUGUAUAUUUCUCCAUGGAGGAGUGGGAUUAUGUAGAAGGACACAAGGAUCUGUACAAGGAGGUCACGAUGAAGAACCACCAGCCCCUCAAGUCACCAGGUUCCUGCAAUAUAAAAUCAUCUAUUCACCUUACUGACCCAUCAAGAAUGGAUGGGGACAGAGACAAGAUGGCAGAGAAAAUAUUACAUCUCACCCUAGAGAUACUCUUCCAAUUUACUGGAGAGGAUUAUACAGUGGUGAAGAAGACCUCUAGUGAGCGCUGUCAGGCCCCUGUGUCUGAAGGAUGGGGAAGAACCCUGAACCCAAUCACGGGGGAGAAGAAUCUCUCCACCUUCCUGUUUUUCCGGGAGGCAAAGAGGUCUAUUGUCGGAGACCCAAAUUUUGACACAAUCUGA